AUGAUGAUCAAAUCUCACUACCUACCUGACACUACACCUACUCCUACACCUACCCUACCUACACCUACCCUACACCGACACCUACUUUACCCCACUUUACACCCACCCUACACCCACACCACCCUAAACCCACCUUAUCCCAUCCCAUAUACACCUAUCCCACCCCACACCUACCCUCCUCCCUUGCACCUACCCCCUUACACCCACCCCACACCUAGCCCUAUCCCACACACCUACUAUACACAUUACCCCAUCCCCAACCCCACACCUAACUUACACCAACCCCACACCCACUCUACACCCACCCCACCCACACCCCACCCCACAUACACCCACCCCACACCCACCUUAUCCUUCACCCACUCUACACACAUACCCUACCCUGUCCUUACACCUCCUAACCUACACCAACCCUACCCUACACCAACCCUACCCUACACCUACCCUACCUACACCUACCCUACACCUACACCUACACCUACCCUACCCUAUCCCUACACCUCCCCUCCCUUACACCUAACCUACCCCAAUCCUACCCUACCCUACACCUACCCUAUCCUACACCUACUCUACACAUACAGUUACCCCCCCCACACCUACCCUACACCUACCCUACACCUACACUACCCUAAACCUACCUUAUCCUAUACUUACCAUACACCUAUCCUACCCUACACCUACCCUCCUUUGCACCUACCCUCCUUUACACCUACCCUACACCUACCCUAUCCUAUACCUACUAUACACAUACCCUACCCUAUCCCUACACCUCCCCUCCCUUACACCUAA